AUGUCGAAUGGCCGAAAUACGGAUUCCCAAGAUCUGCGUCAGGGUCUGCGACCUACAGCUAAAAGAUCACCUUCGAUCUUAGUGACCGAUGCUAGAAGUAACAGUGUCAAGGGAGCCAGAGCUCCGUUUGCAGGUCACAACUACAAGAAACAGCAGCAGCAACAGUCUCUGUCUCUGCUGACUCCAUCACAUGUUUCAAGUCAUGGGGGCCAGCCUCAUGGCUCCUCGUUGCAUCGCCGAUUCAAUGCUCGGUCAAAUAAAUAUGCUGACAUUUCGGUGGAUAAAUUGCUUAGCAAUUCAAGUGAUAUUCCAUCGGGCCAGAGUCGUUUUCCUAAUCUAAACCAAAGCUCUCGGUUUUCUUCACCUCGCCCUUCGCUGCCUCCAGUAGAGAAUGUUUCCCUGCAAGAGCAACGAAGGAGGAAUAUGAGAAGUAUACCGAAGUUGUCACAGAACCUUCCUGCAAGAACAUCUAAGACUUCUCAAAAGUUGGUUCUUAUUCCUGAUGAACAUGGCAUUGUCAGUGGACCUCUGCUGCCUCAAAGGGUGGGGUCUCCUCCUCCAUUGGAUAGGCCUGAUACUCCUCAGAUCCAGAGAAGUAGGGCAGAACUUAUGCCUAAGGAGGCCAGGGCACAGGAGUUUAGCAGAGUAACUGCUUAUUUCAUUUGCGAAGAGUUCAACACCACAGCUUUAAUUGAGUUUCUUCAGAACACUCACGAAGUUAAGCCUCGUUUGUACGACGAAGCUUUAUACGUUCCUUAUGCAUUACCCUUGCUUCCGGGAACCGAUGGAUUCAGGGUUAAGUCAAAUGAUACUGCUAAAUCAUUGCCUAGUAAACGUUAUAUGGAGAAGAUGAUCAGAAAGUCAGAGGAAACUGAUCACUUAUAUGAGUACUAUUCGGGAGUUGAAACUCCGGAGGAUGUAAUGAACUACUCAAUGGAUCCCGAGGAUGGAAAUGCGGAUAACAGUGGGCCUUUUGACCCAUCCGAGCCACAAUUCUUUGCACCUCCUCAAGAUACUGACAGUGAUAGCAACAGCGAGAAUGAAUCUUCUUCCAAGAAGUCUAGUGCACAUAGCGAUACACUGAAAAGAGAGAGCUUGAGCCGUAUGGACAAAGAUGAGGCUCAAGCAGAGGUCAGCAAACACCACGCAGAAAUGUUCGUUCUCGAGUAUGGUAUCAUUGUUUUCUGGAACUUCACCGAGAUCCAUGAAAAGAAUAUCUUAGCGGAUCUUGCCUUCUCCCCAGUUCCUAUUUUGGUCAAUCCAAUUAGUGACCAUGAAAUAGAGACCGAAGAAUUCCAUUUUGAGUAUGACUCGCUGGUCCAAAGGCCAAGAAUUUACAAUGACAUGAUCACUUUGCGUUCGGCCGACCAUCUUAUCAAGCUCACCAUGUCAUAUGCUCUUGCUCAGCUGACCAAGCUAUGUUUGUUUGAAAGCCGUAUGGUCUACAGUUUACAACUGAUUUCGAAGCUUCCAAAGAAGCUAGCUUUGACAGGCAAAUUAGGCUUAAAGCGUCAACAGUUACUUAAAAAGUCAGGUAAAUUGUUCAAGUUGCGAGUGGAUGUUAAUUUGUCAAGCUCGAUUUUAGAUACACCUGACUUCUUUUGGUCGUUGGAACCUGCAUUGCAUCCGCUUUACAACGCUGUACGCGAGUACCUUGAAAUCGAACAACGAGUUCUGGUUUUGAACGAUAGAUGUAAAGUGUUCUUGGAGUUCCUGAACAUCAUCAGUGAUAGCAUCAACGAAUCCAACACAAGCAGGAUCACCACUAUGAUCAUCAUCAUUAUUGUCAUCAGCGUCUCACCCGUGGAAUACAUCUAUAGACGCAUCAAUGCCAAAGUAAACGAUGCUGCAGAAGAGAGUGCCAACCGAGAGGAUAUCGAAAUGGUACCUAUGGACAGCGUGAACGAAGCAAAUGCCAUAUCUGAUUAUGUUUCGACAUCUAGAUUGGCAGGUGCCUUCGAUCCAGACGAUAUGGACAUGGACGCAUUGCAUCUAGUGCAUAGGGAAACAUUCGUCGUGAGCGGUAAUAUGUCAUACUUAAUUGUGGACACCAACUUCAUUUUAUCACAUUUGAGAGUCCUUGAUGACUUGAGAAAGUUGGCAAAAGAACAUAAACUUCGUAUUGUAAUUCCAACCACGGUGGUUCAGGAACUAGAUGGUUUAAAGAACUCUGCAUCUCGAACCCAGAGGGAGAACGGAAUCUCUUCUACGUCCAUGAGCCAUUUAGCUAGAUGGGCCAAUGACUGGAUAUAUAAUUGCUUUGCAUCCAAAGAUCCUGCGGUGAUCGGCCAGUCAUUGGAUCAAAAGAUUAAUCGUUUGGCUGCGAAAGACGAUGCUAUUCUCGACUGCGCUCUUUAUAUCAAAAGAGAGAAUCCAAAGACAAUUCAGGUUUUAAUGACUAACGAUAAGAACCUCUGCACUAAGGCACUUCUGAACGAAAUCUUGACAGUCAGUUAUAGACAGGGGAUGACUGCUGAUGGGAUCGCUCUGAUGAUCUCCCAUGAAAACUAUCACCGCUUUGGUGAAAUAAAAGAGCACACCGUUGUGAAGGAGAGACGCAUUGAAGUACCUGACUAUACGAACAAAAGGAUUGAAGAAGUAGUCUACAACGAGGUAUUGAUGUUAACAAAAUCCAUGAUUCAGCAUUGCAUGAAACUGUGUUAUGGCGAGGACUUGGACCUCGUCAGGGGAUACGAUAUCAAUAAGAUAGAAUCACUUCAUGAUGUCGUUGACAUAAUCUCAAGAUUCUGGCGAACAGUCUUUAAUCAAUACUUUGGCAGCUCAACCUACAAAUCGCAUUUUGACUCGAGGUACCCUCCACUCGAAGUCGUUGAAAGAAUUCAUAUCAUUCUGGAGUGGGUUUCUAGAAGGUCUAAUUGA